AUGCCAAUGGACAUCUUCUUAGAGAUCGUACGGAUGCUCCAUCCUAUGGACCUCCUUCGCUUGUCCCGUUCCUCAAAGCACUUUCGCUCGUUGCUCAUGACUCAAAACUCCCGUAGCCUGUGGCGCGCCGCUUUUGGAAAUGUGCCGGGAGUCCCGCCGUGCCCGCCGUACUACCCCGAACCGCGCUAUGCUGCAGUUCUCUUCGACCAAUACUGCUUUGCUUGUGGUAACGCACGAUCGACAAAGGUUGAUUAUACAGCGUGCGUCCGUUUAUGUGCGCCGUGCUUCAAGAUCAACUUCGAGGCAUGGGUCACCAUUUAUGCAGCCAUACAGGAUUCCGUAGGCGUCCAGCUUCCCGAAGAGGUACGAACAAUUAUGCCAUCGCUCUGUGGCAGGUCCUUCCUGGGGUAUUAUGAGCACUACCAGACUGAUGCUAGGUCAAAUGAUACGGUCGGGACGUAUUAUACCCCCGAAAGCUACGCCAUUGCUGAUGAGGCUCUGUCCUUGACCGCGCCUGGCGAGCUGAGUUCCUUUUUCGAGGAACGCUGGGAAUUUGUGACCGCGAUGCAAAACCAUGCUGUGUCUGUGCUGGAGUGGCUUGACCGAUGCGACGCGGAGAAGUAUGCUAAUCAAAAUGCUUUGCGUGCGGAUCGCAGGGCCGCCAUUCUCGAAAGGCUGGGCGAGCUCGGUUACACUACGACUGACUAUCCGGAGGACCGUGCGUGGAAGAACAUCGUCGACCAGCCCAAGAAACUCACAGAGCGAAUUUGGACGACCGUGCUGCCGAAGCUUCGUAUACUCAUCGAAAAGAAGCGUGAAGGCGAUCGCCAGGCCAUCUUUGAGUAUCGUCUUGCCGAACGCCGCGCUGAAUUCCGGUUAUUCUACGACUUCUUUCUACAGUCCAUUCUCUCCGCCUCUGAUCGGCAAUUUGCGCCCAACUGGCACGACACAUGCGUCUUGCCCGCUGUCCACCAACUUCUCGCAGAGAACGACGCGAAGAUCGUGGUCACAGAGAAGCGAAUCUCUGUGUUCAAAGAAGGCAUCACGCAUGCCGUCCGCGCGUCCGCAUCCCAGAUAAAGCACGACUUGAUGGAGAUGCUGCAUCGUGAGCAAUACGAGGUCCACAAUACCCCGGCAAUGCCCCCGUACGACAUGGCCCAGAUCGACGCGGAGCUCGCGAAGGCGUCCUCGCUAUUCCUAUGCAACCGCUGCUCUCACACAGUUGCCGCCUCAGCGCCGGAUAUAUGCGCACAUUGGCGCGCCAAGCACCCAACUCUUCAAUGGAACGACAAGUGGCCGAUUGAGGAACCUGUUGACCUUCGGCGAGGGCCCUACGGAUGGCCAUCGAGCCUCCCUUGGGUCAGUGCGAUGCCGUUUGGGCAGUUACGCACCAGAACGGCCCUCACCGCGCUCGGUCUGCCGGAGGAUACGUCUAUGGUGCAGAUGGAUAGCUGGGUUCACGAAGGACGGCUAACGUGUCUCUGUGCGCACCCGCGCCUCGUGGAGAUCAAGAAGCACGGCUGGGGUGGCUUGAUACAUCAUGUCAGCAAAGAAAUAGCUUUGUAUCAGUUCAUGUUGCGCGACCGCCCUCGCAACUUCCGUCCUGAGCGGGAGUUGACCAACAACCACUACUUGAGUGGGCCGGCGGCAUGCUUGAAGCUCCUCCCCCCAGGCGAACAGGCUAUAAUUCCUCGGUACGACGUCCCGGACGACGUCGCCGAGCAUCUUUCUUUGCGUUUUGGCCAGUCACGCACGAAGAAGCCCGUCUGUCGCACGUGUUACUGGAUGGUCAAAAAGAACAGCCCGCGGACGGGUCUAUCCCUCGAGAAGGACGUUCAGGUGCUUGCGCAUCACAUGAAGACGAAGCACGAUGCGGCACUGACCAAAGACUCGAUCUGCUUUUCCCAUGUCGGCUGA